GCUUGACCGGACUCCACUCUGGCAGUGAGAACAGGCUGGUCAUGUGUUAUAGAACACAACACUGUCAUAUUUUUAUUUCAUGACUUCUGCGAGGGUGAGAUCUAAUAAAGGCCAACAAAGUAAAGACCUUUUCCUGCCUAGUCUGCUCUAAAAGUUUAUCCUAUUACAAGAAGGCAACAUGGAAGCCAUUGCAAAGUUUGACUUCAAUGCAUCAGGAGAGGAUGAACUGAGCUUCCGUGCUGGGGAUGUUUUGAAGAUCUUAAGUUCUCAGGAAGACUGGUAUAAGGCUGAGUUGAAGAGCUAUGAAGGCUAUGUCCCAAAGAAUUUCAUAGAUUUUCAUGUCCCCAGCUGGUUCCAUGAAGGAGUAUCUCGUCACAAGGCUGAGAAUAUGCUCAAGGACAAGGGAGUUGGUGCUUUCAUCGUUCGAGCUAGUCAGAACUCCUCAGGUGACUUCUCCAUCUCUGUCAGGCAUGAAGUGGAUGUCCAGCACUUUAAAGUGAUGAAGGAUGCAAAGGGCAACUACUUUUUGUGGAGUGAGAAGUUCCAGUCAUUAAACAAGCUCGUGGAAUACUACAAGACCAUUUCCAUCUCCAAACACACAGAGAUCAUCCUGCGGGAGGAGACUAUAAAAGAACAGCAGGAUGUGUGCUUUCACAAAAAGGAAAAGGAAGCAGUUCUUCCACCUGCCAAAGAGACAGGAGCAUCAGGGCACAACAAAGAUGUGGCUCACUCUACAUCCUGGCAGCAUAAGCAGGAAAGGCGUGGCUGGAGUUUGGAUAUUCAAGAUGGGCCUAAAAUCCAACAAGACCUUGGAGAAGCAAGUACAUCAUCUAUGUUCAGGAGACACACUGAUCCAGCACAACAACCACAGCGAACACGAUGGGUCCGUGCCUUGUAUGACUUCGAGGCAGCUGAGUGUGAUGAGUUAGGAUUCUGCACUGGAGAUGUCAUAGAAGUCCUGGACAGCUCUCAUGCCUUUUGGUGGAAAGGGUCUGUACAUGGACAAUUUGGUCUCUUUCCAGCCAACUACGUAAGUCCUGUGACCUGGUGAAUUCUCUAAUGAUACUAGAUUUUAUCAUCGGCAGAAGAAAUCUUCCUAUCGCCGCAUAACUGACAUGGUUUUUCACAAUCGUAACAUUAGCUGUUCGGUAGGGUUUUUUUUUUUCAAUUGUACCAUCAUUUCACCCAAAAGAAAAUUAGAGGAAAUAAAUUCUGUCUGUUUCACAACAUAAAUGAGCUGCACACAUUCCCAAUUGGCUUGGACCAAUGGUGGCACAAAACCUCUUCUUGGGGCAGCUGCUCUUAAGACUUUUUUAAUUUUAAAAAAGAGGCUAAACAUACGUUUAAUUUUUAAAAUGUACAUAUAGCACUUUACGUUUUAUUUCAUGGAUUUAAAAAAACUAUUUAGAUCUCCUGAACCACAAGCUCAGGCAAAUGACAGAAUCAGUGUUCGGAUUACUGUUUCGCACACCAGUCAUUUGCAUUGCAAAACUCAGGAGGAAGUUGGCCUCACAAUGCCAGAGAAAAAUGCAAUAUGAGUUUGGUUUUGUAUGCUGUGAUUUCCUAAUCAUGGUGAAACUGUAGAUUUUCCUGACUGGAAAAAAAAAAUCCAGUACUAUUCUUUGUUCUUCAUCUGUUAUGGUAAAGAUGCAUAUGUGUGCUUACUUCACUGAACAGCCAAGGACAUUAGCGUUUUGUGUCUUGAACUGGGUUUAUAGUUUGCUGUUUCUAUUUUGUUUUUAAUUGGGAUUGAGCAAAGAUCACAGACCUUCAAUAGGCAGUAGCAGGAGCCUCAUAUCUGCAGAGGGAGUUGGAUAAUGGUCAUCAGGUUUCAGGUCUAAAUCUAACACUGUCUCCUAGUAUGCUGAGCCUCUCUCACCAAGAAAUGAUCUGGUAAAAUUGGACCACUGAUACUCAUGUGCAGUUGCACCUCCACAGGAGUUAUGAACCGGAGGUAUAAAAACACUGGGAAAUAUUAAGACAGCUCUUGUUGUUGACCCCACCACCAUAUACCCAGGAAUAAUAAAGCCUACCUAUAAUUUGCUCUAUGCCCAUUUACUUGAGACUAAGCUCUACUGAUACUGUACAUGAAAGCACUUCUAAGUGCACAAUGUGGCUCAAUUGGUAAUAUAUAGGAAAAUUAAUUUAUCCUCCUACCACGGUACCUGCGAGUAAGCAAAAAAAUUUUUUAAAAAACUUGACUACCAAUGUUGACCCCACUACACCUUAAAAACAGUUCUGAGGUCCCAGCCUCUGAGUAGAAAACCACCAGGCUCCCUGUAAACACAGGUUUGUCUACACUGUAACUAUAUACGGUAGGCCUGCUAUAUCCACGAAUUCAAACAUCAGUAGCUUGAACAUAUAUAUAUAUAUAUAUAUAUACUGUAUUACAAAAAGCAAACCUUGAUUUUGCCAUUUUAAUAAGAGUCAUCAUUUUACUAUCCUUUGGAUUUAAUGGUACUUAAGCAUCCACAGAUUUUGUGAUCCGCAGGGGGUCCUGGAACCAAACCCCAGUGAAUACCAAGGGCCUGCUGCACCAAUUUUGUUUUAUACAAUUUAAUGGUAAUCUCCUUCCUCCAAAGAGUACUGGCAAGUGCAGAGUAGUAAGAGUGCUGAGAAUUCUAUUAUGUUCAAAGCUGUAGAGAGGGAAUUGCUUAUCACAGCAGUUAGUGUGAUGCCCAUAUUUUCCUUCAAGCUAGAACAAGCUAAUGUAAUGUAAGAAAGAUGGGUGCUUUCUGAAGCUGGAUUUAAACAUUUUGGCAAGUGUUUUAGUGUUAUGCAUGUAUUAUUUGUGGUAGUUAUACAUAUGUUCUCUUAGGCUGCUAAUGUAUGCCAUAAUGGAAAAUUGUUAAAGAAUGUGGGCGAUCCUGCACAAAGACUGUACUUGAAAGCUUUUUAACUGUGCAGUCUCUCAAAAUACACUUGCAAGACUCACUGUCUUUAGAUCUGUCUGUUACAUGAUGACAAAUACAUCUCAGUAUUAGUUACUCUUUGGUUUUUAUUAUGAUAACAAGCUAUGCACUUGCUGACAAUAAGGAUUUUUGUACUUUAUUAAUUUUACUUGUUAGAUUUGAUCCAGAAGGAGUUAUUCUAGAAUCCUGAGAAUGUAUAAAGUUAUGCUCAUUGAG